CAUGAAGCUUAUCCUGUACAUAAAUUGUACAACCUUGUGUUAAUUUAUUGUUAACGGAAGAAAUUCUUCCGACGAUUUCUAAGAAUAUACUUCAGACCAAGGAAAAUAUCGAAUAUACCAUAGGACCGUGUUCAAAAUGCUUCCGAUAAGAACAGCGAUUAGAACUUUUUCGAUUUCAACGUGUACAAGAUCUAGUUUCGUGGAAGAAAUGCAAAGAAAUUACAUCCCUACUAAUAGUUUUCAAAGAACUUUGUUGUCCUGUGGGUCGGCAAUCGUGUCGCUUUUAAAUCCACACAGAGGCGAUAUGAUAGCUUGCUUGGGAGAAGUGACAGGAGAAAAUGCCAUAAAAUACAUGCGAGAGAAAAUGUUGGAGACACCAGAGGGUACACAAAUAUUGAAGGAAAUGCCUCGUAUAAAUUCUUCGACUGUCUCAUUUGAAGCACUUUCACAGAUGCCUGCAAACACUGUUGGUCGAGUAUAUGCAGACUUCAUGACUGAUAAUAAGAUUACAGCAGAUUCUCGUCUACUUGUGCAAUUCAUUAGUGAUCCUGAAUUGGCUUAUGUUAUGCAACGAUAUAGGGAAGUCCAUGAUUUGGUUCAUGCCACUUUAUUUAUGAAAACUACUAUGCUUGGAGAGGUUACAGUGAAGUGGGUAGAAGGCAUACAAACAAAACUUCCAAUGUGUAUAAAUGGAGGUAUCUGGGGAGCUGGUCGACUUAAGCCUAAACAUCGCAAACUUUAUCUGAAAUAUUAUUUGCCUUGGGCAAUCAGAACGGGAAACACUGCUAAAUUCAUGCAAGGUAUAUACUAUGAAAAAAGGUGGGAUCAAGAUAUUGAUGAUUUCCAUAGAGAAAUGAACAUUAUCAAAUUAGUUUGAUAUGAAGGUUGCGACUAUGUAUAAUAAAAUUCUAGUCUAAAUUAUUUGCUAACAAUUAGUAAAAAAAUAUAUUACGAUAUAGUGUAAAUAAAAGUUAGUGACUAUUAAAUUAUAAAAAUUG